CGACCUCUUUUGAAAUUCACUAAAUAUCGACGAAAUUCCAGUAUAACCUCGAAUAUUUAGUGCUAUAUGGUGCAAAACCUUUCCAAUGUGGCGCGUAUUAGACGUCGUCCUAUCUUCAAGCCUUUUUAGGGUUGUAGAUCACGUCCUUCGUAGCGCCGAAAAAAUCACUAGUUAGAGGAUGUACUCUAACUUCGGUGACACCUUAGGCCUUAAGGUUAUAUUUAAGAAACAAAAGCUAUAGAGAGACUUACAAUUUCGUCGGACACCUUCCUAUGCACAUGUUAACGACGAUUUUCAACCGUUGCAAAUAUUUGCGGCGAUUUCAGAUAUUUGUGGUGUUGAAAAACUAGGACUAAUAUUUGUAAAUUGGUAUCAUUACUCUUUAAGAAGUUAAGGGCUAUAAGCUUUGCUCACGUCACAAGUAGGAGGAACGAAGGAAGCUUUCACUAGCAUGGCAAAUAUUCAUAUAGUGGCUGAUUUAUGUCUUAUUGGUGUGAGAGAGUAUACUUGAGAGGGCAUGAUCAUGAAUAUAUUUUUUAUUUAUAACUACAUUUUAUGAGGAGUUUACCACAUUAGUGAAUGACAGUAUGACACAACAUUUUUCAUCUAAAAGUCGAAUGCAAUGAGUGUAUGCGUUAUUUCACUUAUAAACUAUUCAUUAGUUUUUUUUUAAUGUGAGAGUUCUUUAUUUAUUUUUUAAUUAUUACUCACACUUCAAAAAUUCCCAAACAUUAUGCACAUAUAUGGGUCACAUGUUUGCUAACUAAAGCCCAACCCUGACCAUUUCUAAAUUUCAAAAGCGAGUUUCGUUCCCUUAACUGCCAAUUCCCUUUCCUUCCCGCCAUGUCAGAGCAACAACUCUCCCUCCUUCGCUCCCUAAUCCAAACCAGAAGUUUCGGCAACGCCACGCUUCAAUUUCUGGAAUCGCUUUUGCUCUCCAAGGACGUGACCUCGUCGAUCGAAGUUCGAUCCAGCUUGACGCGACUCCUCAGAUCUGAAUCGCUCUCCGUCAUCCGCUCAAUCGCCGCAAAAACUCUCCACGAGAAGCUUCUCGUUCUCGAAUUCUUCGUCCGCGCUUUCGCUCUCGUUGGAGAUCUACAGAGUUGUCUGGCUUUGAGAUACGAGGGUUUAGUUCUGCGGGAAAUCAAGUCCGCUAGCUGUCAAUGGCUACAAGUUUCGCCGGUGGAGUGGUUGCAUUUUGUGGAGGACGCGGUGCACAAUGGAUUUCACGCUGUUGCAGAAAAGGCAUGUGAAAACGCGUUAUCGUGCCUUGCGAAUAAUGAUGUUCAAAAGACUAGAAGCGAUGCGGAUUCUGAAAAUCUGAAGGACGUCGUUAGCGAGAUUACAAGGCUCAGGAACUGUGCAAUGGCCUCAGUUGCUUCACGAUCGGUUCAGAUGCAAGCAGUAGAGUACCUAAAAAAGAAAACUAAAGAGCCCCAAAGGUUGGACUUACUCCACAAAGACAAACCAUGUCUAGCAAGCACUUCCUUCAGAAAUGGAAUUAAGAGACAGAAUAUGCGAAAGUUAUAUGAAGAAAAAAAGUCUCCUGCAGAUCAAGUGAUGAAUUAGAUACACAGCUUCCAUAUUUGAGGUCAAGUCAAUUUCUGACACUGGCUUGUUAUUGGUGAUCUACUUCAUUGUUUAAGCUUGUGAAGUUUUAAAUUGCCGUUUGUCUCUACAUCUGAUUGUUAAAUCUUAGACACUAAUUGCAAAUAUGUGUUUCUUGUAUCAAAGCCUUACAAUUUUUUAGUGAUCAUGUUAAACCGCCGGUUCAGAUUGCAUGAUCAACUUCAAGGUUUGUAAUUACAAUUUGAUUAUACUCUGUUGUUCGAUUUUUAUAUUUCAUACAUCAGCGCAGCAAUUCAUUA